AAAUAUGGAUGUUCAUUUUCCACAUCUAGUCUCAUCUCCGGUCAAACGGGUCAUAUCAACGAUACCCGAGGGCUCCGAAAAGACACCAGACCUAGAGGGUGUUGUUUCCCGCCUCAGUCGAAAUGAUUCCCGCGCAUUGAUGUCACGUGCUUUGUCCCGAAACUUGACCCGGGCGUCCUUCAAAAAUUUGGCCUUGGUAGGAGGUCGUACCUCAAGAACUUUUGUAGUGACAGAUUCGGCAAUCAAGACUCCGUUUGACCCAGAAGAUGAGUAUGAUUUCGACUUCGAAAGUGAUGAUGAGGAAUCUUCACCACUAAGGUAUGAAUCCGUGGCGGACUUACACAAAAGGAACUACCGAAGCUUCUGUAAUCAGCUCGGCGUGGUGCCGUGCUCAAGGAUCCUACGAGAGCUCGGCAAAACGUCCGUGAACCUAACCAACCUUAACCUCUCAAACAAAGAACUCAAGGCCGCUUUAUUGACCUUCAUAAAUGAUAGCGAGAUUUACGAGGUGAAUAUGUCUGGAAAUAAACUGACUGUAAAAGAAAUUGACUAUCUCAUAGAGCUACUGACUGUAAACAAAAGGAUAUCUAGCUUGAUUUUAUCUUCUUGUCAUCUGUCCGGAGAUCCACUGGUCAAACUGACGGAAUUCCUCAGCACUUCAAACACUCUACAGAAACUCGACCUCAGUCACAACGACUUGAAAGACAGAGAUGCAAAUUCUGUAUGCAAAAUUAUCCAGGAAAAUGAAAGUAUCCUUGAUUUGAUCUUGGCUCAUAAUAACUUGGGAGACAGCGGGGUUGCCAUCGGGAUUGCUUUAGCCGAGAACGACAUCCUUCAGUCUCUGGAUCUCAGCUGGAAUCACAUACGAGUUGUCGGUGCUGUCGGUCUGGCUAAUGGUGUUCGAAAAAAUACCAAUCUGAAAACGCUAAUAGUAGCCUGGAAUGGUUUUGGAUUUGAGGGGAGUGUUGCCACUGGGAAACUCCUACAGAACAACACAACACUAUUACAUCUUGACUUAACGUGCAACAGAAUUCAUCCGCCGGCAUUGUUUGAGAUUAUCAAAGGUCUGGAGAAGAACAAAUCUCUUCGACUCCUCAAUCUUUCACAGAAUCCUAUUACAGCCCCGAUGACGUCAAUUUUCUUAAAUCGUCUGCUUCGAGCUAAACAUUCUGCUCUACAAGAACUCGAUCUUGCAGGAGUUGUGGUGGACAAGGAAUUCAAAUCGGUAUUGGAGAAAAUUCAAAAGAAACGGAUGUUUAUUGUGCGGUACGAUACGUCACUUCCGCUGAACACCGGAACAGUUACCACAGCGGAUCCAAAGAACAUUUUUAACAUCGACCCGAUAAGGAUUCUUUACUUCAUGAAGGAACAUUUAAGGACAAUAGAUCUAUUUCUCAAGUUUGACAAAGACUCCAACAACUGUCUGACCAGGGAUGAGAUGCAGUUUGCUUUUGAGAUGGAGGGAUACCCUAUAAGUAAAGCUGCUCUGGAUUCUGUUAUGUCCUAUCUGGAUACAAACAAAGAUGGCAGUGUUGAUUUACUUUUACCAAAAUUACAACAGGAGAUAGAUCGACUGGAUAAAAAGUAUCCUGGAAAAUACAGGGAGUUCAUCGAAGGAGAGCGGAGGUUAAAGCGGAAGUUGAUCCAGGAGAAAGAGGAGGAUGCGUUACGAAAGGGCGCGGAGGAGGAACUUAAGAGGGACCACGAGUACUCCCAGGCCUACCAGACCCCAACCAAACCGAGGUUCCCGCCAAUUAAAAAGUGACGUCCGGAAAGACG